CCGAUUCCGCAGCGCGCCGAGCCCCGCGGGGCCGCGGCCGGGCCGCCCCGCCGGGACACACGGAACGUCGGAGUCAAGUUGCUCCUGGAGAGGUGCAGACAGUCCAUUUCAGUUGUGUGGAGGAUCCCACAGUCACAUAAAUGCAGUAUCUAAACGUAAAAGAAGAUUGCAAAGCCAUGGCUUUCUGUGCAAAGAUGAGGAGCACAAAGAAGAGUGAAGUAAACCUGGAAGUUCAGCAUCAGGGCUUAGAAAUCCUCUUCUACCUGCAAGAUAAAGACCCCAUUUGUUAUACCAGUGGGGAGUUCACCUCGGAGGAGCUGUGCAUUGAAGCUGCCCAGAGGUGUUCUGUGUCUCCUCUGUGCCACAACCUCUUUGCACUGUAUGAUGAGAACAAAAGGCUCUGGUAUGCACCAAACCAGGUCUUUAAAAUCGAUGAGAAAACAUCCUACAGGCUCCACUAUCGCAUGAGAUACUACUUCACCAACUGGCACGGGACCAGUGAGAGCGAGCCCUCGGUGUGGAGACAUUGCCCAAGGAAGGCAAAGGCCUACGAGAAGAAGCUGGCACCAGAAGGAACCCCAAUUCUUGAUGGAUUCUCCCUGGAAUACAUCUUUGCACAGGGUCAGUAUGACUUAGUGAAAGGCCUGGCACCGAUCCGGGACCCCAGAAAUGAACAAGAGGUUCAUGAAAUUGAGAAUGAAUGUCUGGGCAUGGCUGUCCUGGCAAUCUCCCACUAUGCCAUCAACAAAAAAGUGAAGCUUCCAGAGCUUCCCAAGGAUAUCAGUUACAAGCAGUAUAUUCCUGAAAGUUUGAACAAGACCAUCAGACAGAGGAAUUUCUUAACCAGGAUUCGGAUAAAUAAUGUUUUCAAGCAUUUCCUUAAAGAGUUUAACAACAAAACCAUUUGUGACAGCAGCGUGUCCCCACGGGAUCUGAAAGUGAAAUAUUUAUCCACAAUGGAGACCUUGACUAAACAUUAUGGAGCAGAGAUUUUUGAGACUUCAUUUUUGCUGAUUUCUUCUGAGAAUGAAAUAAAUAGAUUUAAUUGUGGAGACAAUGAGAAGUAUGAAGUCAUGGUAACAGGAAACAAUGGAAUUCAGUGGAGGCUCAAGCCAAGUUCUGUACAGACAGAGAAAGAGAAGAAGAAAAAAUCUGAUGGCAAAUCCAAAAAGGAUGAAGAAAAACACAAACUUCGGGAGUCAUGGAACAAUUUUUCCUAUUUUCCUGAAAUCACCCACAUUGUCAUUAAGGAGUCUACAGUCAGCAUCAACAAACAGGACAACAAAAGGAUGGAACUGAAGCUGUCCUCCCAUGACGAGGCCCUGUCCUUCACGUCCCUCAUCGACGGCUACUUCAGGCUCACAGCAGAUGCCCACCACUACCUGUGCACAGAUGUGGCUCCUCCACUCAUUGAGCACAACAUCAAAAACGGCUGCCAUGGGCCCAUCUGCACGGAAUAUGCCAUCAACAAACUGCGCCAGGAAGGGAAUGAGGUGGGAACAUACGUGUUGAGAUGGAGCUGCACAAACUUCAACCACAUCCUCAUGACAGUGACUUGUUUGGAAGGCUCAGAGGUGAUAAAUAACUCAGGGCAGUACAAGAACUUCCAGAUUGAGGUGAAGAAAGGCGGGUACUUCCUCCAUGGCUCAAACAAGUCUUUUGCAUCCUUAAAAGAGCUGAUGGAUCACCUGAAAGGACAAAUCCUUCGGACAGACAACAUCAGCUUUACACUGAAGAGGUGCUGCCAACCCAGACCAAGAGAAAUCUCCAACCUGCUGGUUGCAACCAAGAAGGCACAGGAAUGGCAGCCCGCUUAUUCCAUGGGGCAGCUGAGUUUCCAUUGGAUCCGCAAGGAAGAAAUCCUGCAGGGUGAACACCUUGGAAGAGGGACGAGAACACAGAUUUACUCAGGGAUGCUCAACCUCAAGGAUGAUGAGAACGAAGGAUAUCAAAAUGAAAAAGAGAUUAAAGUCCUGCUCAAAGUCCUGGACCCCAGCCACAGAGAUAUUUCCUUGGCCUUCUUUGAGACAGCCAGCAUGAUGAGGCAGGUGUCCCACAAGCACAUCGUGCUCCUCCACGGCGUCUGCAUCCGGGACGUGGAAAAUAUCAUGGUUGAAGAGUUUGUGGAGUUUGGGCCUCUGGAUCUGUUCAUGCAUCGGAAAAGUGAAGUUCUGACAACUCCUUGGAAAUUCAAAGUCGCCAAACAACUUGCAAGUGCCCUGAGCUACCUGGAGGAUAAGGAUUUGGUCCAUGGGAAUGUGUGCACUAAAAACAUCCUUCUGGCAAGAGAGGGAAUUGAUACUGAAUAUGGUCCUUUCAUAAAGCUGAGCGACCCAGGAAUACCCAUAACGGUGCUGUCCAGGCAAGAACGUGUUGAGCGAAUUCCAUGGAUUGCACCUGAGUGUGUUGAAGACUCCAAAAAUCUCAGCAUUGCAGCAGAUAAGUGGAGCUUUGGUACAACCCUGUGGGAAAUCUGCUACAAUGGAGAAAUUCCACUGAAAGACAAGACACUGGCAGAGAAGGAGAGGUUCUACGAGGGGCACUUUGUGCUGGCCACGCCGUCGUGCAAGGAGCUGGCAGACCUGAUGAAACAGUGCAUGAACUACGACCCCCACCAGAGACCCUUCUUCAGGGCCAUCAUGAGGGACAUCAACAAACUGGAGGAGCAAAAUCCUGAUAUUGUGUCGGAGAAGAAGCCCGUUACCGAGGUCGAUCCCACUCUCUUUGAGAAACGGUUCUUGAAAAGAAUCCGGGAUUUGGGAGAGGGCCACUUUGGCAAGGUUGAACUCUGCAGAUAUGACCCAGAAGGUGACAACACAGGGGAGCAAGUGGCAGUGAAAUCCCUAAAGCCAGAGAGUGGAGGGAACCACAUUGCUGACCUCAAGAAGGAAAUAGAAAUCCUGAGGAAUCUCUAUCAUGACAACAUCGUCAAAUACAAGGGCAUCUGCACAGAAGAUGGAGGAAGUGGGAUUAAGCUCAUCAUGGAAUUUCUUCCCUCUGGGAGCCUAAAGGAGUAUCUCCCACGGAACAAGAACAAAAUCAAUCUCAAGCAGCUGCUCAGAUACGCGGUUCAGAUCUGCAAGGGAAUGGACUACUUGGGCUCCUGUCAGUAUGUGCACCGUGACCUGGCAGCGAGAAAUGUCCUUGUGGAAAGUGAGAACAGGGUGAAGAUUGGGGACUUUGGGCUCACCAAGGCCAUUGAGACCGACAAGGAAUAUUAUACGGUCAAGGACGACCGCGACAGCCCCGUGUUCUGGUAUGCCCCAGAGUGUUUGCUGCAGAGCAAGUUCUACAUUGCCUCAGAUGUCUGGUCCUUUGGGGUGACGCUCUAUGAACUGCUCACCUACUGUGACUCCGAGUCCAGUCCCAUGGCAGAAUUCCUGAAGAUGAUCGGCCCCACGCAGGGCCAGAUGACGGUGGCACGGCUGGUGCGUGUCCUGCAGGAUGACAAGCGUUUGCCACGACCACCCACCUGCCCAGAGGAGGUGGACCAGCUGAUGAGGAAGUGCUGGAUAUACAAACACGAUGAGCGCACGACCUUCCACAACUUGAUCCAAGGAUUUGAAACAAUUAUGAGUAAAAUGUAAUUAAUUUCUUUUAUACUGUCAGUACUUAAUGUGCAUCAAGAAUACAUAUGGCCAAGGCUCUUCAUUUUUUUUUAACUACUGUAAUUUGUACUCUGACUGGGCCCAUGUGGGGAAAGGAUUCUUUUGCCAACAGUUUUCCUUUUGAAUUUUAGUUGGAUCAAAUGAAUUUAAAGGUCUAGGAGGAACAAGAGCUGCAGCUCCUUUGCUGCUUUUAUCGCAGGGCAGUUUUAUCCUUAUCUGAUGAUGGUUGUGCCACAAUUGGGACUGCCCUGAUUGAUGUGAUGGUGUGAACUGAGUGUGGGGACAAAACCCACUGCAGUUCUCAGUGCCAGCUCUCACAUCUCAAACCUGAGCCAGUGCAUAUAAGAAGGCACAAUACAGCCAUUUAAUAAUUUUACAGAGUUUUGAGGCAGCUUUAAAGUCUGCCUGACAAAUAUUCUUCAUGUGCACUUACUUAAAUGUUAGUAACAAAAAACCAACUCUGGCAUAAAAAUGCAAAGCUAAAAUUCUCAGCUCAUCUAAACCCACCAGGCCAGAGUUCUGAGCUCUUACAUGUAUUUAAAAAAAAAAAAGUGUUGUGUUCAAAAAUACCAACCAAGACAGAGUGGAGGGGCGGGUACAGCUGUGCAUUUCAGUGAAGUUUUUGGAUAAACAGAUUUGCUUUUCCUGUCUCCCUUCCCCAUUACACACGUUGCCCACUGAAGCUGCCUGAUGCUGCUCCUCAGCUCGUGCUGUGGGUGAAGGACAGGAAGGGAAGGGAUUAAUGACACACUUGGGGAUGGAAAAGAAACAAAUCCAUGUGCAGAACCUGGGGGGUCAUUGUCUAAAGGAAAAGAGAGGCCUGAGCACCCCAGGAACACCUGGGACACGUAUUCCUUAACCACCACUUGACUCCCAGCCCGAGCCCCAUGUGCAGUUACCCGAGGAGAGCCCAGGGGAUCAUUUCCCUCUGAGCAGCUCUUGGCUGUGACCCCUCAGGCUUCAUCCAACAGUGGUUUAACUGGAACCUUCUGCUGACCCUAAAUUUGGGCUAUAAUGUUUUCCUACCACAGUUUGAAAAUGCUUUGAGGAGAUACUCGGUUCUGGCAAUAAUAGGAAGAUGUCUUUAUAUAUAUAUAUAAAUAUAUACAUAUCAAAUUGUAAUUAUGAGCUCCAAUGAGGUCAGAUUUAUUUUUACAGUGUUACCUGUUGUUUCUGUAUGUCACUUAGGAAGCUGAGUUAAAUCUGUAAGCACUUUGUUACUCUUUAUACAAACAAAUUAUUAAAGAACUUUUUUUUUCUCCA